AUGUCAAGAUUAACUGAAGCUACACUUCCAGCAAAUGGAAAUACUAUUUAUCAUUUAUCAAUUACAGCAGAAGAUUUAGCUGAUAACAUUAUUUUAGUUGGAGAUCCAGAAAGAGUUCCAAAAGCUAGUAAAUUGCUUUUUGAUGAAUCUAAACCAAUCUUUAGACGUGAUCAUCGUGGGUUAACAACUAUGACAGGAUUUACGCCAAAAGGACUUAGAAUUUCAAUUGUUACUCAUGGAAUGGGUACUGGUAGUGCAGAAAUUAUUAUUAAUGAAAUUUUAGCAUUAAAAUGUAUUGAUGUUAAAACUAGAACUCCAAAAGCUGCACCAACACAUCCAGUUAAUAUCAUUAGAGUAGGUACUUCAGGUGCUAUUUCAAAAAAUACUCCAAUUGGAACAGCAAUAGUAACAAAAUAUACUGUUGGUCUUGAUAAUACUGGAUUGUUUUAUGAUGUUAAACAAGUUAAUAAAGAGGCACUUGAAUUAGAAAAAGAAGUUACUGAAAAGAUUGAUAAAGCUAUUCCUGAAGGACAUAGAUUUAAAGGAAAGAUCAGGCCAUAUGUUUCUGUUCCAAAUCCUCUUGUUGUUGAAGCAUUAGAAAAAGUAGCUAAAGAACAAAACGUUUCAUACAAAGUUGGUAUAACAGCAUCAGCUGCUGGAUUCUUUGUUUGUCAAGGAAGAUUUAUUUUUAAAGAAUUACCAACAACAAUUUCAUCUCUUGAAGAGGUUCUUAUGAGUGUUAAAACAAAUGAUUUAAUGGUUGAAAACUUUGAAAUGGAAAUGAGUUGUAUUACUCAAAUUACACAAGGAUUUAAAUGGGUUAGAAGUGGUGGUAUUUGUGAAAUUGUUGAUAAUAGACAAUUAAAAACAUUUACUUCUGCUGAAGAUGUUAGUGUUGAUAAGAUAUUAAAAGUAGCUGCAGAUGCAUUAGCUAUUCUUGAUACAAUUCCAAUAGAACAAUAA